AAAAUUUAAUGACCUUUGACCUAAAAAGUAUGGCGACUUCCAGUACAAAAAGGGAAAAAAUGAGUUGUUUUGUUGAUUGCAGUUCGAACUAGACACAGAGAGAAUGGCGGCCAAGCGACAGCACAUUGAGAUGGACCCUGACUAUGAGGAUGUGUCUGAGGUCCAGAGCAAGAGACGUCGUCUGCUGGAGGAAGGAGCUGCUGCUGCAACAAAGAAGAAAAUCUCUUCAAUUAUUGACAAGCAGUUUAACCUGGAAGUUGAGAAUAAAGAGACAGAGCUGUUAAAUAUUAGUGAGCAACUGGAAAUGGCCAGGGCUAUGAUGGAUCGUCUACGAGCUUGUAUUGUGGCCAGUUACUAUGGAAAUGCGAGUCAAAUAAAAACGCAACAGAAAAAUGUGACCCAGCCUCCCACGAUACAUCCCACUGUGAGGAAGUACAUUGGUAAAGCCCCUAAAGGGACCCCUCUGACUACCCCAGGCCAGCUCCAAAGUAGGGCCCUACAAGAGGGUAUUCAGGUUAAGACGGAGGCUCCAGAGGGAAAAUCUAGAACUGAGGAGGCGUCAGAGAGGAUCGGACAGAUGGCUUCAAAAUGUAAAGCUGUCAGUUCAAUGCCUGCAUCUAAUGGAGUCCAUGGUGAUCUGGACACACGAUGUGGACGAUACAAGCUGAAAAGGAGAAUAAUAGUGGGAAAUGUCUCAAAGAGUAUCCCAGCAGAUCAGCGUGAUGAGAAUGACCAGGCCACUCACAAAUGGAUGGUGUACGUCAGAGGUCCCAAGGAGCGUCCAAACAUCAGCGACAUCGUCAAGAAGGUCUGGUUCUUCCUGCAUCCUAGCUACCGGCCCAAUGACCUCGUGCAAGUUAGUGAGCAUCCAUUCCAUCUUACCCGGCGGGGAUGGGGUGAGUUCCCUGUGAGAGUCCAGCUUCAUUUUCGAGACACGCGAAACAAGAGACUGGACAUUAUUCACAAUCUCAAGCUUGACAGAACCUACACAGGGCUGCAGACUCUCGGAUCUGAAACAGUGGUGGAUAUAGAGCUAGAGAGAGAUGCGGUUCCCGUUUCCAAGCCCUCCUGUGGCUCUGCAAUCAAGCAGGAACCAGACCAUGAUAUAAACAGCACAAGUGAUAUGCAGGGGACCAGUGUGGUGAAAACUGAGCCUCCAGAUGAUCAUGAUUAUGGCCAUGUAACCGAAAAGCUUGGAAAUGGUAAAUGCACUGCAGCUGCGGACCCAAGUACCCCAGAAAAGAGCCCAAUGAAUGCCAGCAUUCUGAUCUCAUCCACCAUAGGGGCCACCUCUGUCCCUGCCCCACGGUCAGCCAGUUUUGCGACCUCUCAACCUUUGACCUUGAUCCCUGUACAGGGACUAGGUCAGACUGGCUCACCAGGACUGUUGAGGGUUGCACCUUUGACGCCGACUAAACAGACUGUGUUUUCUCAUAGCAACAGUACUAGUGUCAAUCAAGUAUCAACUGGUUCUCCGGUAAGAAAUAUUGUGCUACAAGGUGUUGGUUCUUUGACCUCAACUGUUGUCCUUGACAACAAGGUCAUAGGUCAAGGUAACAUGCAGAAGAAUUCAGUACCUCAGCUGAUUGCUCUGAGUCCGGUGAAAACGACUGGAAAUACUACUAACUUUGCUGUGCCUCAACAGUUGGUGUUAACAAGCAUAACUGGAGGUCAGCAGAUCAAGCAUUUAUCACUGCCAGUAGCCAGUUCUCAGCCAGGGAGGGUUAACUCCUCCCCAAAUCCACCGCAAAAUGCUGGUCUUAUAUUCCUGAAGUGCACUGACAGUCAGGGAAAAACGUUUCUCAUUCCUCAGCAAGUGUUUUCUAGUGCAUCGUCACCUAUUAGGUCUCAGUCAACACCAAUUACAGGACAGUGUAACACUGUGUCUCAUGGAUCUCAGGCACUUAUUCUCACUACCAGUCUGCCCAAAACAAAUGCAUCUUCCCAGGUGAUUGCAAACCAGUCUGGUCAGUUUGUAGUGAAAAUAUCACAGCAGAGCGAUGUGACAGGAAAACCAUUGACACAGAAUGGGCCAGUGUUGUUUCUUAAACCUGACACGAGUAGCUCUGCGCGAAAAGUGGCCAGUUUGUUGACUACAAAGCCUAAUAUUUCCCCAGAAGUGAACACCGGCAAACUCAAGGCAUGUACGCCAAAUGUUCGCAAUACCUUCCCUAGUCAAAUAGCCAUGCCUGUCCAGCAGUUGACCCCCGGUUCACAAUCUCUCUUUAGAGGUCAACUCAAGGUCACUCCCCAGGGAUUAAUGCAUAUACAAGGCCAAAAACUGAAUGCAAACAAUACCAAUGAACAAAGUGUGAUUUUAAUGAAUGGCAAUUUGAACAGUAAGUUGGCUGGGGGAAAUCAAAAUAAGCAGCCACUAAUUCUUGUACCAGCUACGAUGAACAAUAAGAUUGUUGGGAAGGGUAAGUCGCUACUUUCUUCACCGUUUAAUAAUCUGGCUGUGUCACAGUCGAAUGGAAAUGUGAUCCUUGUCAACCAUGCCAGUGCAAUAACCACUAACAAUCAGAACAACGGAAGACUGGUCUUGACCAAUCAAGUGUCUACAAACAAAAACAUUGAUAAGAUCAAUGCAAAUAACACCAGAAUCUCAUCUGCAAGCAACUCCAUAACUAUCACAUCACCUCCAUCACAGACUCACAAGAAUCUGUCAAAUCAUAUUGUCAUAGUACCGGUGACCUCUCAUCCGCCCAUAUCCAUGGUAACACAGGUUCAAGGUCAUUCAGUUGUGACCACAUCACAGACGUUAUUGAAGUGUGUAAAUAGUGUCUCAAAUAUCUCAGGGAAAAUGGCAGGCAUGGAAUCUAGAUCUCAGGAAAAAACUAUGCUAAUUGUUGUACCAAGUGAUGAUGCUAAAAGAAGUUGUGUUACCUUGAACUCCACUUCUCAGCCUGAAAGGUCAAUGUCAAGUUUAUUAGGGUCAAGGUUGCCACAAGUUUCUAUAGCUACUAAAGAGAUGGAAAUGCCAGUGACUAUAUCAUCAAGUAAUCAAAAGCAAAAACAAAUAAUUGUUGUAAAUGAAAUGAAGUCUGAAAUGCAUACACUUCACAGUGGUGUUGAAAAAGAAAAGAAAAUUAUUGUGCUGGAACCCAAAAGAAGAAAACAGCAGCAAAAUAGAGACGCAGAGUUUCCGGAGUUUAUUAAACCAUUAUGCAUCUGUGAUUAUGCAGACCUGACAUCACUCAUAAGGGCUGCAAUCAUCCGCCAUCCAGUUGUGUCAAACAGCCACGGUAAGACUCUACAUCCAUACUGCGCCAAGUCUCGGGAGGAGUGGCUGUCCUGGAACAUCGGAAAACGCAGGGCAUCAGAGUGGCAGCGAGCCUCUGCUGUAAGGCGGUACUUGAGGUCUUACCUCACGGAGGGUGUCAUCUUCCAUGGGGAGACCAUGUGGUCCACCAGACAGAUACUGACAUGGUGUAGAAUCCACUCCUACAGUCCACACUACCUGGAGCGACCCCUGCAUCCAACAGCCAUAGAUCUGCAGAGUGAAACCUCCUUGACCCCUGGCAAGCAGCACCAGAGGUUCAGCUCUGUAACCGAUAGCAACCAACUGACACAAGAAAUAACACCACUCCAGGAAGUGAUGUCUUCAGAUAGUGGCGAUGAGGAUGUGGAUGUGACAUCAUUAGAAUCCAAAGCUCCAGUGAAGCAGAGGCCAGUAGAGGAGGCUGCAGUGAUGGGAGAUACAGAGUUGCUGCCCUUGUGUGAUGGCUCCAUUUUUGUGGAACUUGUGGCCCAAAAGGUGGGUGUUUGUCUUUCUCCGACACUGGUGUCUCCAGGAUACAUGGCAACUGUCACCCAUGGCACGCUCUAUAAGGCAAUGGAACAGUUUAUGGAAGAUAUUCUACGAAAAACAUUUGCAUUGCAAGUCAAUAUGGGGAGGUACCCGGACACUGUGGGUGUGGCAGACGUGUUCCUGGCUCUAGAGAAUCUCCCAGUGGCAGACUUCCUCACCAACAAAUACAUGGGUGUACCCGAUGUUCCUAUGCCACGCACAGAGAGAUGACAGGCCUCAGACCUCAACAACUGACAGAUCACACAACACUCUUAUAGAUGAAUUUAUAUGGGCCCUGCAAAAUGACAGAUCACACAACCCUCUCACGUAUGACACUAUCUAGGCCCAGGCGCCACAAACUUACAAAAAGUUGUCUGACAGAUCACACUACCCUUUUAUGGAUGACUUUAUCUGGGCCCUGCAAAAUGACAGAUUACACAACCCUCUUACGUAUGACACUAUCUGGUCCCAGGCGCCACAAACUUACUAAAGAUUGUCUGACAGAUCACACUACCCUUUUAUGGAUGACUAUCUGGGCCCGUCAAAAUGACAGAUUACACAACGCUCUUACGUAUGACACUAUCUGGUCCCAGGCGCCACAAACUUACUAAACUAAAGAGACUUUCGAUAGAUUACACAAGCCUUUUAUGGAUGACACUCUCUCAGCCCAACAAACAAGACAGAUGACACUCCUAAGGCCUUCAAAUUACUGACGACAGUCCUUAAGACAGAACCCGUUGUCAAGGCCCAACCAACCAAGCAAUCACUCUAUGUAGACCCCUGUCUCCUAAUGGAUUACUUUGCAUAGCCUCUGCCCCAUCUCCUGAGACAUGGACAUGUAUAAAUUUCCUAAUUGACACUUGAACUUCUCAUAGUAUAAUCUAUUAGAUUUAACUAAUCUUAGGCAGUUUUCAUGUCAAAAAUGCUG